CUCUCCUCCACUCUGGCCGUCCUUCACGCGCAUUCUUAUCGUUUCUUUGUGGGGUGACCACUAUAUAUAAUCCCUUCUCUCUAUGGGCUAUCUUAGCAGAUGCAGCGAAAUUAGUCGCCUUUUUAAAUUUUUCUUCUGCAUCUGUGUGAGCCUGUCUGGUUGUUCCUUUCUUUCUCGCCAAUCAAUCCUUUAUUCUUUCUUUCGUUUUCAAGCCAAAAAUCCAAUCGUUCCGCUUCAUCGACAACAAUACCAGAAGAGCUAGUGUUAUCUUCUCUGCUUUUUAUUUUUUUUUCCCAAUUAAGUUUUUCUUUUUCGAGUUUUUCUCCUUAUUUUUCAAACUGGGGAAGCAAAUGCCGUCAUUAGAGGAUGAUCUGUUUCCUUCUACGCCGGGCAAAUUCAAGAUCGAGAGGGCUCACACCAUGAAUCGUCAGAUGUACCGGUGUUUUGCCUCCACCAGCACCAUGUUCUUGUGGGCCCUCUUCCUUAUUGCGUUGACGGCUUCCUAUUUGAGCUUCCAGGGUUUCGUGGAUUCCGGCAGCCGCUACUUGUCGGCCUCUUGGGGAGGAAUCCAGUGGGAGAAACAGGUUCGGGACUCAGCUCAGAUCCACCGCAACGGAGGUAUGUCCGUGCUUGUCACCGGAGCUGCUGGUUUCGUCGGCACCCACGUUUCCCUCGCCCUUAAGCGACGUGGAGACGGCCUAGUUGGAAUCGACAACUUCAAUAACUACUACGAUCCUUCGUUGAAGAAAGCUCGGAAAGCGCUUCUAAAUAGUCAUGGCGUAUUCAUCGUUGAAGGGGACAUCAAUGACGCCAAGCUUCUGGCUAAGCUCUUCGACACCGUUGCCUUCACGCACGUAAUGCACUUGGCGGCUCAAGCCGGUGUUAGGUAUGCUAUGGAGAACCCACACUCCUAUGUCCACAGCAACAUCGCAGGCCUCGUCACGCUUCUGGAGGUUUGCAAAUCGGCGAAUCCUCAGCCGGCUGUUGUCUGGGCCUCCUCCAGCUCCGUCUACGGCCUGAACGAGAAGGUGCCAUUCUCGGAAUCAGAUCGGACUGACCAACCUGCUAGUCUCUACGCCGCCACCAAGAAAGCCGGCGAAGAAAUCACCCACACCUACAACCACAUCUACGGUUUGUCCAUCACCGGGUUGAGAUUCUUCACUGUAUACGGACCCUGGGGCAGACCCGAUAUGGCUUACUUCUCGUUCACUAGGAACAUCCUCCAAGGCAAACCAAUCACAAUAUAUCGCGGAAAGAAUCGGGUCGACCUGGCCCGAGAUUUCACCUACAUCGACGACAUAGUGAAGGGUUGCAUCGGAUCGCUGGACACUGCAGGGAAGAGCACCGGAUCGGGUGGCAAGAAGCGCGGACCCGCACCGUACCGAAUCUUCAACCUCGGGAACACAUCGCCGGUGACUGUACCUAAAUUAGUGAGUAUCCUUGAGAGUCACUUGAAGGUAAAGGCGAAGAGGAAGAUCGUGGACAUGCCCGGAAACGGCGACGUUCCGUUCACACACGCCAACAUCAGCUCGGCCCGAAGAGAACUCGGGUACAAGCCAACAACCGAUUUGCAAACCGGGUUGAAAAAGUUCGCGAAGUGGUAUCUUUCUUAUUAUGGCUACAAUCACGGCAAAUCUGUAAAUUAAUUAUAUAUUUUUUCCUCGUAGUCUUCUAGAGUUUUCUGUCAUUGGGAAAAAAAAAAAAAAAAAAGAACGAAGGAAGAAACAAGAUUUGGAAAAGAAGAAAGAAGGAAUACAUUCUUUACUUAAUUAACAGAGCAGCAAAAAGAAGCUGGUGCUCUCUCUCUCUCAGUUGUAAGUUCUGGAUUUUGUAUUAUUAUUUUUGGAUUUCACAUUUUCAUCGCAAGUUAAUGGAAAAGCUCAAGCUUGAUUUCUCCUCUA